GCUAUGUUGCUAAGACCGCAGUACACUUGCUUUUUAAUAGCUUUCGUCGCUUGCAUCGGCGUUAAUUUACUCAUCAUUCGAAUCCAAAGUUCUUACGUGCCCAGCAGCGUUUUAGCUUCUCUGCAAGCCUACAACUCGGAUUUGUCGAGAGAGCUGUUCGAUACAAGUAUUGUUAAUGUAGAACGGGACAAAAUCACUGCUUUACCAUCGCUAAGAGCUGAUCGGAAUCUUUCGACUCAUUCAAAGCAAGUUUUGGAUAUCUGCGCAGAGAACAAUUUGAGAACAGCGGUCACGAGGAGAAAUUUUUUGUACAGCUCUGAAAAUCAUGGCUUGUAUUGUUGGAUCAGGAAAGCCGGCUCGACGAGCUUUACUAAAUUAUUCACUGAUAUGAAGCACCGAAGGCGCUCGGGAAAUUAUUACAGAGAAAUUCCGUUUCUGUCUCCAAAAAUACAACUUUCGUUGAAAAGUCUGAUAAAAAAUCCGCGAAUAUUUAAGCUGCUGGUAGUGAGACAUCCAUUCGAGAGAAUAGUUUCCGCAUACAGAGAUCGAAUAGAAGACAAUAGCAAGUACACAGCUCAGUCCUGGAUUCACGUUCCAAAAAUAUUUCACCUAACGAGACCUGAUUUAUUUGUCACUGUUGGUAUGUUUGACCGAUCAUUAUCGAGAAUAUUCCACGAAGACAAGAGACUAAAAUUAGUGCCAACUUUUCAAGAAUUCAUAACGUGGCUGCUACUGCAGGAUUCAACUAAAGAUGAUCCACAUUGGAAUCAGUAUUUCAGGCACUGUUCACUUUGCUCGGUGCGUUUUGAUUAUGUUCUCAAGCUGGAUAACUACACCAAAAAAGAAGUCGAUUAUAUCUUUGACAAAUUACAUUUGAAUAAUCAGUUGAGCUAUUUACCAAAGUUAGAACAGUCAAGGAAAGGAAUAACAAAUUUCGACGUAGCUUGCAAUUAUUUUAAGAAUCUAUCUAAGGAAGCAGUUGUCAAUUUAUAUGAAAAAUAUAGAAUCGAUUUUGAAAUGUUUAAUUAUGAGUUUAGCAAGUACUUCGAAUGCACAGGAGACUAAAUAAACAU